AACAACAGUGGCGAGAGCUCACCCCUGGUUAUUGGUGGGACAGAAAGCGAGGGUAUGCCGACAGCAACAGCAGCAACAGCAGCAGAAGCAGAAGCUUACCCGAUACACCCUCGAAAUGAGAAACUAACUGUUCGUGAGACAGUUCUUCUCGGAGUGAGUUUCUGCAUUCUAUGGUUUGCAGCCAAUAUUACGCAGAAUGCGUCUCUGGCAUACACCAGCGUGGCCAACUCCUCCAUACUAUGUUCAACAUCUGGUCUCUUCACACUCAUUAUUGGGGCAUUGGGCGGCGUCGAGCGGUUCACAGGCACACGGCUAAUCGCGGUCUUUAUCAGCAUCCUGGGUGUCUACAGUAUAGUUAAAUACGGGGUUUCUACGGCAGAUUCUGCAACAAUGCCGCUCUCCUGGCUCGGCGACUCCCUGGCACUGCUUAGCGCAGUACUAUACGGAUGCUACACGACACUGCUUAAGCUGCGCAUUGGCAAUGAGGAGCGGCUGGAUACGCCGUUGUUUUUCGGGGCGGUCGGGCUGGCCAACAUUGUUUUGUUGUGGCCCGGGUUUAUUGUCUUGCAUUAUUCGGGCAUGGAGAGGUUUCAGCUGCCUGGGUCGGUUGGUGUUUGGGGGAUGAUUUUAGUGAAUGCCUUGGUGGGUACGUUUUUAUCAGACUUUUUAUGGCUCAAGGCUAUGCUGAUGACUUCGCCGCUGGUGGUUACCCUGGGGUUGUCGCUGACUAUUCCGCUAAGUAUGGCUGGGGAUAUUGUGUUUAAGGGAAUGGAGGCGUCUGUGCCGUAUUAUCUUGGGGCUCUGUUAAUUCUUUCAGCUUUCAUUGCAGCCAACCUGUGAUCUUUUGAGGAGAGAAAAAUGAUUUUUUUUUUAAAGCUUGAAGAGUAUAUGAUAUCAUCACGAUUGGCUGGGGUGGAUGGAGUUUCUUUUUUUUUUUUCUUUGGCCCGCACAAUCGGAAUCGGCAUUCACUGUUAAAUUAUAAUUCUUCUUUGGGUUUCUUUUUUUCCUGGGACAAAAGCCUUCCC